UCAACAAUAAUGAAAAAACUGCUCUCUGUUCUUUUACUAGCUAAUUGAUGCUUUAGACAUACAUGCACUGUCUGACCCAGCUGGCAGUUCACUGCCAUGUAACAGUCCUUGUAACCCAAAAGUGGUAAAGUUUCCAAGCAACCAGUGGAGUGAAGGCUCUACCAAGGAUUUAUAAACACUCGAUUCACUGUGAUUUAUUUGGUGGAGGAAUGUAGACCACCUUUAAAACCAGCGGUGGGGGUUCUGCAGCUCCUCAAAUUCCACUUCCACUUCUCAGGAGAGGAGACGACAGCGAACCUUCUUCACUUUACACAACCGCUUUGGACGAAUAGAGGAGACAAUGUUGCCAGAGAUCCUCACUACGAUGGACGUUCACAGUCUGUGUGGAGUAACCCCCGUUGUUGUUCUUCUUCUGCUGCUGCUGCUGCUGCUGGUUCUGCUCAUCACCACCUGGAGCCAAACACAGAGUUCACACAUACAAGGUCCCCGUUUCUGUGCAGGACUUGGUCCGAUCCUGUCCUACGGCAGAUUCAUUUGGACCGGGAUUGGAACAGCCUGCAACUACUACAACAACAAAUACGGCAGCGCCGUCCGGGUCUGGAUCAAUGGGGAGGAAACCAUCAUUUUCAGCAGGUCCUCUGCAGUGUACCAUGUUUUGAGGAGCCCUCUCUACACAUCCAGAUUUGGGAGCAAAAGAGGCCUUGAGUGCAUUGGGAUGGAGGGGAGGGGUAUCAUUUUCAACAGCAAUACCCUACUCUGGAAACAAGCUAGGACAUACUUCUCUAAAGCUCUGUCAGGCCCCAGCCUUCAGCGGACCGUGGGAAUCUGUGUGAGCUCCACAGCCAAACACCUGGACCACCUCCAGGACAUGACCGACCCCUCUGGACAUGUGGACGCCCUCAAUCUCCUGAGAGCCAUCGUAGUGGACAUCUCCAAUAAAUUGUUCCUCAGGGUUCCUCUCAAUGAGAAGGAGCUGCUUAUGAAAAUCCAUAACUACUUUGAAACCUGGCAAACGGUUCUAAUCCAGCCUGACAUCUUUUUCAAGAUCGGAUGGCUUUACGACAAGCAUAAAAAAGCAGCCCAAGAGUUGCAGGAUGCGAUGGAGAGUCUGCUCGAAAUCAAAAGACAAAUCAUUCAUGAAACGGAGAAGCUGGAUGACGACCUUGACUUUGCUACACAGCUCAUCUUUGCACAGAACCACGGGGAGCUCUCUGCUGAAAACGUCAGGCAGUGUGUGUUGGAGAUGGUGAUCGCAGCUCCUGACACACUCUCCAUCAGCCUCUUCUUCAUGCUGAUGCUGCUGAAACAAAACCCGACGGUGGAGCUGCAGCUUGUGGAGGAGAUGAGCACCGUUUUGGAUGAAACGGCUACGGAAAACGUCGAUUAUGAAAGACUGAAAGUGAUGGAGAAGUUUAUUAAUGAAUCCAUGAGGUUUCACCCUGUGGUCGACUUUACUAUGCGGAAAGCUCUGGAGGACGAUGACAUCGAAGGUACCAAGAUCAGGAAAGGAACCAACAUUAUCCUGAACAUCGGACUCAUGCACAAGACUGAGUUCUUCCCCAAACCCAGAGAGUUCAGCCUGACCAACUUUGACAACCCGGUGCCCAGCCGCUUCUUCCAGCCCUUUGGCUGCGGGCCUCGCUCCUGCGUCGGCAAACACAUCGCCAUGGUGAUGAUGAAGGCCAUCUUGGUCACCCUCCUCUCCCGUUACACAGUGUGUCCACGCAAAGGCUGCACUGUGAGCAGCAUCAGGCAGACCAACAACCUGUCACAGCAGCCUGUGGAGGACGAGCACAGUCUGAGCAUGCGCUUCAUCCCCCGCAGUCAGAACCAAAGCACCACCAGCUCUGAAUAAUGAGGAGGUUCUCCCCUUUCAGAUAACAAUACACGACUAAUGUAUUAGUGCAACAAGUUCAAAGAAGGUAGAAGAUACAUUUACCCCCUUACAGAUGUCUUCUCUUGUUGCCUUUUGUCAUAUCAUCCAACUAACAAAAGGUAUUAUCAAACAAAGACAACCUGAGUAAAUCCAAAAGCAAUUUUUAAUACUGAUUUUAUGAAGAGACCCACUUGUGAAAAAGUAAUAUCCACCAAGUAAUAUCCAAGUUUAGAUAAAACCAGAAAAGAAUCGCGAGUCCAAGUGGACAAGUUUCAUUGCAGAACUUUUAUCUGAGCCAAGUUAAGACUUUUUUUUUUUUUUUUUUAGCAAUAACAGGAUGUUGAAGGUUAAAAAGAAUGACUAGUCCACUCAACAAACUUUCAAAAAUCUGCUUGUCCAAUUAAGAGGUAUGAAUGCGGUAUGCAAGAGCUUCAGUUCACAAACUGAUGACUGGAUAUUCUCCGUAUGAUUUUGCUUAGUAGGUAUUAGAAAUCAUGGUUCAGCAAGUCGUAAAGGUUUUUUCCCCACCAUGUUUCAGAAAGUUCUCAACCUGAAAAGCAACGUUUCAUUAGAUGUAAAUUUAUGUUUUAUGUUGUGAUGUACUUUUAUCUUUAGUUAACUUGGAGGUUAAUAAUAAAUAGUGUGUUUUAAAUCAUGAUUUUAAGGUGAAUUUGGAUGAGCCUCAUCCAAAUUUGUUAAGUUUAGUACUAACUUCACUAACUUCACUCCUGUGAGUUAGUACUAACUCACAUUAAAAAAUAUUUUAAACUUUCAGAAAAGGGGAUAAAAAUGUGAAAUCAGAGGAUUUUUAGUUACACUUAGCUUUUGAAAAAUGGUUUUCAAAAGUUUUGCAAAUAAAAAUAUGACUUAACCAGAAAAUGCAGGUUAAAUUACAGCUCUAGAUCAUUUUUGCAGCUUCACACAGCUAGAGACUGGAGUUGUUGCUUUAUGUUUUCCUCUCAAAACUUCAAAAUAAUUAAAAACUAUUUUUUGACCCCACACUGCAAUGUGUUGCUCUGUCCCAUAUACAGUGUUAAUAAAUGACAGAAUUUGUGCUUGUAAAAGUUAAACUAUCAAUCGUUUUGGAAAGCAUUGCAUGAGAAACCAUUUGUAUUUACUUUGCAUAUAGUGUCCCUUAAAUAAAACCAACAAAA